AAACUCCUCUAUCGCGAUCCCAACUCAAUACAUUACAAAAAACAUCUAUGUAGUUCUUAAGAAACGAAAUCGCUUUGCCUAUCAUCGAUUAAAAACUAGUUAUUGAUCUUAAAACGCGUAUAUAAAUGCAUGCUUAAUGCAUAAGAAAUAAAAACAAACAUCGAAACAACGCCAACGAACGAACGCAUCAUCAGAAGUUUCCACACUUAACCACGCAACGACCAUAACACGUAUGCGUCAUGGUGUCCAAGGCAUUGCUGCUGCUGGUUGCCAUUGUUGCUGCCCGAUUUGGUGGCUCAACGAGGCGAACAACACUCGCAUUGGCCUGCGAUGAAUCCUUGACAGCGACGGCAACACACCAAGACAAUAGAUACAACAGCUACUACAGCAGCAACAGCAACAACAACGAUAACAGCAACAACGACGUAGACGACGACGACGAUGGCAUCGCUGAUAGCAAGGACAACAAUGUUGACGAUGACGACAACAAUGACAACUAUAACUACAACAAAGCGUUGGCCAAAUGGCAGUUGCCGCAGCAAAAACUAUACGGAAAUCCCCAGAGCAUACAGCAACAACAACAACAACUCCAGCAACAACAACGACUGCAACAAUUUGUUGAUGAUCCAGAGGCAGCAAGGAAUGACUUCCUACUGCAAUUGCCAGACCUAAAUACAGCGAUGUGGCAAGGUGUGGGCCUGUUUGCCACAGCACAGGACACAAGCAACAGUAACAACAACAACAACGACUACGACAACAAUGUGUGGCAAGCAGCAUCCGAAACAGAGCGAGAACGAGAUGAAGAACAUUUGCCACGCAACAGUCGAAGCAGCCACAAGCCAAGGCACACAGCUGGCACUCAAACAGGAACGGGAGCUAGUGCUGGAGGUCAGCUGGAAACUGAUGCCGACGGCAUUGACUUUGAGGGCGAGGAGGACUUUGCGGUGGCCAAAGUGGAUGCCGAUGAGCUGAGCGACCAGCUGCCAUAUGGCAUUCAAAAUGUGCGUAAGCGACGCGUGCGCAGCGUGAUUCAGCCACCUCCACCAGCUAGCAGUUCGAGCCCGGAAGGAGUCACCUAUCAGUCGCUGUGCCCCACCAAACGCGUCACCGUUAAGCUCGACAAUGGCGAGUAUCGGCCCAAUCACUAUGUCGAGGUCACUUGUGCCAACAACUAUGCGCCAUUGCCGCCCAGGCUGCACAACUAUGAUAAUUACAACUAUCGCAGCAACGAGCUGCCGCUGUUGCGUGCUUUGCUCAACGAACGCGCUGGCGAGAAACGUGAGAUCUGCUCGGCAACGGGAUUCGCGUGCAUUCAAUUGAACCGCACCAUACACCUGAUACGGCUGAACGAGGGCAGCGGCUGCUGGGAGUCGGAGACGCGCACGGUGCCCUCGGGAUGCGAGUGCAUGUGGCCGAAGCACAGCUAUGGCGACAUUGCCUCCUAUCAUCAGGCCCAGAAGCGUGUCAGCAACACACUGACCAAUCUGCGUGCCCGAGGUAACGCCAAUGCUGUCAUCGAUUAUACACCCGGUGUUGGCUAUCGCCAGUUAACGUUGCGUUCUCGUGGACCCAAAACAGGAGGCGGAAGUGGUGGUAUACGCAGUCGGCGAGCGGACUUGGACCUGGACUAUGAUAACAACUAUUAA